AUGACAGUGCAUGUGUCAAUGCUGAGUGUGGGUGCUGUGGUCAUGCUUACAUUGUUAUGGAUACUACUGAUCUACCUCCCUGGGAAAAGAGACAAAGUUACACAGGGAGAUCCCAAUGGAUGUCGAUCAGCAGGUAAUCAAUCCAAUGUUCUUUCUUCCUUGAUGUACUGUACAGUCUAUGUCCUACAGUUAAAGGGACAAUUAGCUGCUGAAACAAUAACAAAGCCACCUCCCCGCCUCUGUUUUGGUAAAAAACGGAGAGAUGUGGCUGGAGAAAUGUAAUCUCUCUCAAAUUCAUAGACAGAGCUAUCCAUGAUAUCAACAUUAUAGUUUUAACCAAGUUUUGAAGCUAUACAGUGUUUGUUUACUUUUACUUUGUUUACAAACAUCGGAAUAAAACAAUCUUAUAUUUUGGGUUCUAAUGGGGUACGACUGUGGAACUAAGCUCAUUAAGGCAUUUAUAAGUUAUAUCCUUUAAGAAUAAAUGGGUACACAUCAUUAAUACCAUAUAUAUCAUGGAUGUAGUAACUGCUGAUUGCCCCUUCAAGGCUAUUAUCGUUGUGGUCUAGGACAAUCUGUUCAACAAUCUAUCUCAUAAGCUGCUUUAGGCUAUGAAUAGGCCUUAUGUAAAUCUCACUGUACAGUGAGGGAAAAAAGUAUUUGAUCCCCUGCUGAUUUUGUAUGUUUGCCCACUGACAAAGAAAUGAUCAGUCUAUAAUUUUAAUGGUAGGUUUAUUUGAACAGUGAGAGACAGAAUAACAACAAAGAAAUCCAGAAAAACGCAUGUCAAAAAUUUUAUAAAUUGAUUUGCAUUUUAAUGAGGGAAAUAAGUAUUUGACCCCUCUGCAAAACAUGACUUAGUACUUGGUGGCAAAACCCUUGUUGGCAAUCACAGAGGUCAGACGUUUCUUGUAGUUGGCCACCAGGUUUGCACACAUCUCAGGAGGGAUUUUGUCCCACUCCUCUUUGCAGAUCUUCUCCAAGUCAUUAAGGUUUUGAGGCUGACGUUUGGUAACUCGAACCUUCAGCUCCCGCCACAGAUUUUCUAUGGGAUUAAGGUCUGGAGACUGGCUAGGCCACUCCAGGACCUUAAUGUGCUUCUUCUUGAGCCACUCCUUUGUUGCCUUGGCCAUGUGUUUUGGGUCAUUGUCAUGCUGUUUUCAAUGCCCUGGCUGAGGGAAGGAGGUUCUCACCCAAUAUUUGACGGUACAUGGCCCCGUCCAUCGUCCCUUUGAUGCGGUGAAGUUGUCCUGUCCCCUUAGCAGAAAAACACCCCCAAAGCAUAAUGUUUCCACCUCCAUGUUUGACGGUGGGGAUGGUUUUCUUGGGGUCAUAGGCAGCAUUCCUCCUCCUCCAAACACGGCGAGUUGAGUUGAUGCCAAAGAGCUCAAUUUUGGUCUCAUCUGACCACAACACUUUCACCCAGUUCUCCUCUGAAUCAUUAAUUCAUUGGCAAACUUCAGACGGGCAUGUAUAUGUGCUUUCUUGAGCAGGGGGACCUUGCGGGCGCUGCAGGAUUUCAGUCCUUCACGGCGUAGUGUGUUACCAAUUAUUUUCUUGGUGACUAUGGUCCCAGCUGCCUUAAGAUCAUUGACAAGAUCCUCCCGUGUAGUUCUGGGCUGAUUCCUCACCGUUCUCAUGAUCACUGCAACUCCACGAGGUGAGAUCUUGCAUGGAGCCCCAGGCCGAGGGAGAUUGACAGUUCUUUUGUGUUUCUUCCAUUUGCGAAUAAUCGCACCAACUGUUGUCACCUUCUCACCAAGCUGCUUGGCGAUGGUCUUGUAGCCCAUUCCAGCCUUGUUUAGGUCUACAAUCUUGUCCCUGACAUCCUUGGAGAGCUCUUUGGUCUUGGCCAUGGUGGAGAGUUUGGAAUCUGAUUGAUUGAUUGCUUCUGUGGACAGGUGUCUUUUAUACAGGUAACAAACUGAGAUUAGGAGCACUCCCUUUAAGAGUGUGCUCUUAACCUCAGCUUGUUACCUGUAUAAAAGACACCUGGGAGCCAGAAAUCUUUCUGAUUGAGAGGGGAUCAAAUACUUAUUUCCCUCAUUAAAAAGGCAAAUCAAUUUAUAACAUUUUUGACAUGCGUUUUUCUGGAUUUUUUUGUUGUUAUUCUGUCUCUCACUGUUCAAAUAAACCUACCAUAAAAAUUAUAGACUGAUCAUUUCUUUGUCAGUGGGCAAACGUACAAAAUCAGCAGGGGAUCAAAUACUUUUUUCCAUCACUGUAAAUAGUCAAAGGACAAGUGAUUUUCCAUAUGGGGAUGUGGCUUCGUUUGAUUAGCAACAGUUUGAUGAGGUCAACAGUAACAUUCUGAAGAGAAUGACAACCAACCUAUCUUCUCCACCUCCUCCACCCCAAGCUGUUGGGUCUAGACUUCUGCACUCUCUCUCUCCCUCUCUCCCUGGCCCUCUCUCUCUCCCUCUGCUGGGCAACAUGCUGGAGCUGGCACACGACCACCUGCCCAGUCACCUGACCUCCCUGGCACGUCGCUAUGGCAAUAUCUACCGCCUCAAGUGUGGCAACACCAGUAAUGAAGUCACUUCAUUAUCAUUAUCUACAUUAAAUUCACCUUUUGUUUUUAUCUGCGUCAUCGAUAACUUCCAAGCAAGUGACUCAAGUUAACUCUGUUUCAAGACAGUUAGAAUAGUUGUUUAUAAAUGUAAUAUCCUAAGUAUGUUCAUGGUUUCGGUAUUACAGUACGUUUGUCUUGACUCUGUAUAUUGUGUUCGCUGCAGCCAUGGUGGUAUUAAACAGUGGUGACAUCAUCAGAGAAGCCUUGGUGAAGAAAUGGUCUGACUUUGCUGGGAGACCACAUUCUUACACCGGUAAAGAACACAUUAUUAGAACCACCCGAGUAUUCCCAGCAACCAUCACUCCCUUCUGUUACUCUGAGCCAACAGUGCUUUGAUUAAAAUGAUUUACCCUUCACCUCACUCUCUUUCUCCGCCCUCCAUUUCGCCCCACCCUCCCUCAUCGCUCCCUCCAUCUCUCCCUCCCUCUCCUCCCUCUCUUUCUCUCCCUCCCUCUCUACCUGUCUCUCUCCCUACCUACCGUUCUCUCUCUCUCUCCCUCCCUCUACCCCUCUCCCUCCCUCUCUCUCCAUACCUACCGUUCUCUCUCUCUCCCUCCCUUCCUCUACCCCUCUCCCUCCCUCUCUACCUGUCUCUCUCUCUCUCCCUCCCUCCCUCUACCCCUCUCCCUGUCUCUCUCCAUACCUACCGUUCUCUCUCUCUCCCUCCCUUCCUCUACCCCUCUCCCUCCCUCCCUCCCUCCCUCUCUACCUGUCUCUCUCUCUCUCCCUCCCUCCCUCUACCCCUCUCCCUCCCUCUCUACCUGUCUCUCAGGAGACGUGGUGUCAGGAGGAGGCCGCUCCAUCUCUCUGGGGGACUACAGUGAGGAGUGGAGGGCCCAUCGCCGUCUGGCUCACAAUGCACUGCAACGCUGCUCCCAGCAGUCACUCCACGGGGUCAUCCAGAAACAGGCACUCCACCUGAGACAAGUAGAGAGGAAACAAAUGACAGUUCUAAAUGUAGCAUGCACACAUCCAACAAUUACCUAGACACAGAGUACAUCAAUAGAAAAGGAAUAGAAAUACCCACACACUGAUGUAUGCACUGAGAGCCCAAAACUGGUUGGCCAUCUAGCUAGCUAACAAACAUACUGUGCAGAUAUAUCUACAAAUUCAUUAUUUUACACAAUAUUUGACCAAAUUUGAUCCGUUUCUCAAAGGAAAGCUUCCCUGACCAAGAUGGAUGAUUUUUUGUCAUGUUGCUAGGAUCAUAAUCUCGGCUAACCCAGAACUAAAAUCUUGUGUAAUUUGGUCAGAUGCUUGAUUAGGUUCUGGGGGUAAGCGUGUUAGAAAUAGAGAUUUCCGGUUUGCGAAGUAUCCACCCACGCAAAAGGAAUCUCUCAACUACAGCAUUCUAGAAUUCUAUAUGUAAUUAUAUGGUUGUAUGCUCCUGUAUAGUUUAUUGCAAUGAUUACUCGAUGAAGACCUUCAACCUUUCUGGGGGUCAAAACGUUGUAAUAAACUAUACUGGAGUCUACACCAGUGAGCAUGUAGCACGGAACACAGAACACUUUCUGUACCAAGGGAGGGAACAGUUGCACGGAACACAGAAUACUUUUUGUUCCAAGGGAGGGAACAGUAGCACGGAACACAGAACACUUUCUGUUCCAAGGAAGGGAACAGCAGAAUGGAACACACUGUGUUCUGAGAAGGAAUGUAAUCCAGCAUGUACCAGCACAUUGACUGAAUUGGAGGUUACACAAUGCAACCUCAGCAACAUGCCAACCACAACAUAAUGAUGUAUCACUUGUUGUACUUCUUGUUUGUUGCCCUGUGUAAAGACAAUGUAGUGGUUUCAAAUUGAAAAAGUUACAACAACAAAAAGUUAAAGUUACAAGUCAGCGGGGAAACUCAUCUUCUUAAGUUGAAGCAAUCGAUAUUUAGUUUACAGUGAGGGAGUUUAUAUCUGAAAAUGUAACCUGUGAUCCAUCAGGUACUGCUGGACUACAACGGCAGAGCUGUGGACCUCUCUGAGGAUUUCACUGUAGCAGCCAGUAACGUCAUCACCACACUGGCCUUUGGGAAAGAGGUGAGGCUCACACCUGGGUUCAAAUAGUAUUUGUUGUCUUUCAAACACUUUAAUCAGCUGCGCUUGAUUGCGCUUGCCUGGCACAAUGGAACCAAUGGAACAGUCCCAAAAAUGGAAACCCCACCCAUCUGAUCUGGCUCUCCAGGCAGGCUCAAUCAAACAUUUCAAGUAUUUGGAAGAAAACCAAUACUAUUUGAAGCCAGGUAUCUGUCAGUGCUCUGAGUCUGUACAGUGUAUACACCAGCAGCAGCACCCUAUUCCCAACAUAGUGCACUACUUGGGCUUUGGUGAAAAAGUAGUGCACUAUAUAAGGAAUAGGGUGUUAUUUGGGACAUAACCCAGAAUUAGAAUGAAGAGAGACACCAGGUUUGGCCAAGGGAUAACCAAGACAGAAAUAUAGUCAUGUAUUUUACUAACCACUGAGUGGGUAGGUUAUCUAAAAGCAGAGACACGAUAAGCACAGUUAUAUAUCACAGUUGGAAAAUUGUACCACUGAUUCAUGAACAGAGGCUGGUUAUCUAGUGUGGUUGAUGAUGCAGAUGUGUUUUGGUCAGUGGUGGAAAAAGUACGCAAUUGUCAUACUUGAGUAAAAGUAAAGAUACCUUAAUAGAAAAUGACUCAAGUAAAAGUGAAAGUCACCCAGGAAAAUACUACUUGAGUAAAAGUCUAAAAGUAUUUGGUUUUGAAUAUACUUAAGUAUCAAAAGUAAAUGUAGUUGCUAAAAUAGACUUAAGUAUCAAAAGUAAAAGUAUAAAUAAUUUUUAAUUCCUUAUAUAAAGCAAACCAGACGGCACCAUUUUCUUGUUUUUAACAUUUACGGAUAGCCAGUGGCACACUCAUUUGUGUUUAGUGAGUCCACCAGAUCAGAAGCAGUAGAGAUGACCACGUGUUCUCUUGAUAAGUGCGUGAAUUGGACCAUUUUCCUGUCCUGAUAAACAUUCAAAAUGAAACAAGUACUUUUGGGUGUCAGGGAAAAUGUAUGGAGUAAAAGUACAUUAUUUUCUUUAGGAAUGUAGUGAAGUAAAAGUAAAAGUUGUCAAAAAUAUGAAUAGUAAAGUAAAGUACAGAUACCCCAAAAAACGACUGAAGUAGUACUUUAAAGUAUUUUUACUUAAGUACUUUACACCGCUGGUUUUGAGUAUGUGGGAGGUGUGCUUACAGUAAUAAGGUUGUGCAACUUUACGCAACGAAUGACAUCAAAUUGACCAACAACACAUUUUGAUCCAAUAAACUUCCCACUGGGCAAAAACUGGUUGAAUCAACGUUGUUUCUAUGUCAUUUCAACGCAAAAAAAUCAAUGCGAUGACAUUGAAUCAACGUGGAAAACUAAUUGGAUUUGCAAAAUCUAAUCAACGUAAGGGCAUUUUAUUUUUUUCACCCAACUUUUAACCUAAAUCCAAUGACAUGGUGAAAUGUUUUGUUGAAUUCACAUUGAAUUCACGUUAGUUGACUACUCAAACAAAUAUAAAUCAAAACUAGACGUUGAACUGACGUCUCUGCCCAAUGGGUUAAGCAAUAGUACUGUGCAUUGUUUCAGUGUUGAAGUAAUAUCUCAUAACCAGUCAUAUACAGUGCCUUCGGAAAGUAUUCAGACCCCUUGACUGUUCAACAUUUUGUUACGUUACAGCCUUAUUCUAAAAUGGAUUAAGUAAAUAAAAAUCCUCAGCAAUCUACACACAAUACUCCAUAUUGACAAAGUGAAAACUGGUUUUUAGAAUCUUUUGCAAAUGUAUUAAAAACAAAAAACAGAAAUACCUUAUUUACAUAAGUAUUCAGACCCUUUGCUAUGAGACUCGAAAUUGAGCUCAGGUGCAUCCUGUUUCCAUUGAUCAUCCUUGAGAUGUUUCUAGAACUUGAUUGGAGUCCACCUGUGGUAAAUUCAAUUUCUUGGAAAUGAUUUGGAAAGGCACACGCCCGUCUAUAUAAGGUCCCACAGUUGACAGUGCAUGUCAGAGCAAAAACCAAGCCAUGAGGUCGAAGGAAUUGUCUGUAGAGCUCAGAGACAGGAUUGUGUCAAGGCACAGAUCUGGGAAAGGGUACCAAAACAUUUCUGCAGCAUUGAAGGUCCCCAAGAACACAGUGGCCUACAUCAUUCUUAAAUGGAAGAAGUUUGGAACCACCAAGACUCUUCCUAGAUCUGGCCGCCCGGCCAAACUGAGCAAUCUUGGGAGAAGGGCCUUGGUCAGGGAGGUGACCAAGAACCCGGUGGUCACUCUGACAGAGCUCUAGAGUUCCUCUGUGGAGAUGGGAGAACCUUCCAGAAGGACAACCAUCUCUGCAGCACUCCACCAAUCAGGCCUUUAUGGUAGAGUGGCCAGACGGAAGCCACUCAUCAGUAAAAGGCACAUGACAGCCCGCUUGGAGUUUGCCAAAAGGCACCUAAAGACUCAGACCAUGAGAAACAAGAUUAUCUGGUCUGAUGAAACCAAGAUUGAACUCUUUGGCCUGAAUGCCAAGCAUCACGUCUGGAGGAAACCUGGCACCAUCCCUACAGUGAAGCAUGGUGGUGGCAGCAUCAUGCUGUGGGGAUGUUUUCAGCGGCAGGGACUGGGAGACUAGUCAGUAUCGAGGCAAAGAUGAACGGAGCAAAGUACAGAUAGAUCCUUGAUGAAAACCUGCUCCAGAGCGCUCAGGACCUCAGACUGGGGCGAAGGUUCACCUUCCAACAGGACAACGAUCCUAAGCACACAGCCAAGACAACGCAGGAAUGUCCUUGAGUGACCCAGCCAGAGCCCGGACAUGAACCCAAUUGAACAUCUCUGGAGACCUGAAAAUAGCUGUGCAGCAACACUCCCCAUCCAACCUGACAGAGCUUGAGAGGAUCUGCAGAGAAGAAUGGGAGAAACUCCCCAAAUACAGGUGUGCCAAGCUUGUAGCGUGAUACCCAAGAAGACUCAAGGCUGUAAUCGCUGCCAAAGGUGCUUCAACAAAGUACUGAGUAAAGGGUCUGAAUACUUAUGUAAAUGUGAUAUUUCAUUUUUUAUUUUUUAUAAAUUAGCAAAUAUUUCCAAAAACCUGUUUUUGCUUUGUCAUUAUAGGGUAUUGUGUGUAGAUUGACGACGGGAAAAAAAACAAUUUAAUCAAUUUUAGAAUAGGGCUGUAACCUAACAAAAUGUGGAAAAAGUCAAGGGGUCUGAAUACUUUCCGAAGGCACUGUAUAGAGAUGAUCUAAUGUGGUCCCACUUCAAUCUAACAACAACCUUAAAGGGUUUAUCAAGCCUUUAUUUUAAAAAAAACAACGUAUAAAUGCUUUAUGAAUUAUAUAUAAUCAUGUUAUAGAAGGUGGAAAAGGGUUAUGCCACAUAUGGCAAAGCAUCUACUGUACUACUGUAUGUACUGUAAAUAAUAAUAACAAUAAUAAUAAUAAUAAUAAUAAUAAUAAUAAUAACACUGAUAAUAAUAAUGAUAAUAAUACGGAUAAUGAUAAUGAUAAUUAUGAUAAUAAUAAUCAUGAUAAUAACAAUAAUAAUAAUAACGACAAUACUGCUGAUAAUAAUACUACCGCUUUUAAUGACAAUGAUAAUAAUAAGGAUAAUGAUAAUUAUUAUUAUUAUUAUAAUGAUAAUGAUAAUAAUAACAAUGAUAAUAAUACAGAUAAUAAUACUACUGAUAAAAAUAAUGAUAACGAUAAUUUUUACAUUUACAUUUUAGUCAUUUAGCAGACGCUCUUACCCAGAGCGACUUACAGGAGCAAUUAGGGUUAAGUGCCUUGCUCAAGGGCACAUCGAUAAUGAUAAUAAUGAUACUAAUCAUGAUAAUAAUAAUAAUGAUAAUAACAAUAACGAUAAUAAUAAGGAUAAUGAUAAUAACAAUGCUAAUAAUAAGGACAAUGAUAAUAAUACUACUGAUAAUAAUACUACUGAUAAUAAGAAUGAUAAUAAGGAUAAUGAUAACAGUGAUAAUAAUAAUGAGGGUGAUUAUAAUGAUAAUAAUGAUAAUAAUCAUAAUCGUAAUGAUAAUAACAAUGAUAGCAAUAAUGAUAACAAUAAUAAUAAUGAUAAUAAUAAUACCGAUAAUACUAAUGAUAAUAACGAUAAUAAUAAUAAUAAGGAUCAUAAUAAGGAUAAUGAUGAUAAUGAUAAUAGUAAUGAUAAUAAUAAUAAUGAUAACAAUGAUGAUAACAACGAUAAAAAUAAGGAUAAGGAUAAUAAGGACAAGGAUAACAAUAACAAUAAUAAUAAUAACAUUGAUAAUAAUAAGGAUAAUAAUGAUAAGGAUAAGGAUAACAGCGAUAAUAAUAAGGAUAAUGAUCAUAAGGAUAAUGGUAAUAAUACUGAUAAUAAUAACAAUAAGGAUAAUGAUAAUAAUACUGAUAAUAAUACUAAUACUAAUAAUACUAAUAAUAAUAAUAAUAAUAAUAAUAAUAAUACAUAACUUUUCAAGGAGCCCAAGACGCUUUGGUAAAUGGUAUAAGUGGGACUUCCUGUAUAAUGUAUCGAUUUAUUAGUCUGUGUUUGUAACCUUUGUCUAUUUGUCUGUGUCUUUCAGUAUGAGAAGAGUUCUGCAGAGCUGCAGCGGCUGCAUGGCUGUCUUAAUGAGAUCGUGUCUCUAUGGGGUUCUCCCUGGAUCUCUGCUCUGGACUCCUUCCCACUGCUCAGGGUCGGUCAAGCUUAUACACUCAUACUUUACUAUCUGACAGGGAAACUGCAUGCACAGACAGCUACUCUGAUACACAAAUACAUUGGAAGUAUUGUUUAAAACUGUCUAAAAUGGUGCAAACAAAAGUGGGAAAAUUUGAUUCUAUUAUGUAAUUAUAUUGAUCUGUUCCCAUUUGUCCAAGAAAUUGCCCAAUCCUCCAUUCUCCCGUCUCCUGAAAGAGGUGGCCAGGAGAGAUGAAAUCAUCAGAACACAUCUGGAUGAGUACAGGGUGUGAUGAAAUAGCUUGUCUUACAAACUUCUGUACAAGCUUCUGUGCAAGUAGACAGCAGCAAACACGAAGACAAUCAUCUAAAAGUUUUUUUUAAAGCAUCUAUAAUCUAAUAUGGGUACAUUGGUAACAUAUGGAAUAUAUUAACUGUAUUGCUGCCACAGAUGCAGGCACCGAGCAAAACAUCUGAGGACGCCAUUGCCAUCACAGGCGCUCUCCUCAAGGGCCUUGGAAAGCCCCAGGACACAACACAAGGCGUGGUAGGUUCUGGUUUAUCAUGGUUUAUCAUGGUUUACAACCUGGAAUCAGGGGUAUACGUAACAUAGUAAACGUAAAUCCGGGGACGCUCCAAUUAGUAUGCUAUGAAUUUGCAAAACGUAUGAUAUGUUGCGAAUUCCAAUUUGUUAUGGCUAACGUUAGCUAGGUGGCUAACGCUAACGUUAGAUAGGCUAGGGGUUAGGGUUAAGGUUAGGGUUAAGGUUCGGAGUUAGGUUAAAGGGUUAAAGUUUGGGUUAGGGGAAGGGUUAGCUAACAUGCUAAGUAGUUGCAAAGUAGCACAAAAGUAGCAAGUAGUUGCAAAGUUGCUAAUUAGCUAAAAUGCUAAAGUUAUCCAUGAGAUUCGAACACGCAACCUUUGGGUUGCUAGACAUUCGUGUUAAGUAACUUUCUGUCUUAUGUAACCAUACCAAACGUAACAUAUCAUACUAAUUUGAGUGUCCCAGAUUAACAUUUACUUUGUUAGGUCUAGUCUAUGAGACCAGGCUGUGGUUUAUCAUGGUUUAUCAUGAUAAUCAAUCAAAAUCACAUAGCAAAUGCUUACAAUAUAAGCCUACUACUUGCUAUGAAUAAAGAUGUAGGAAUGUAACACUGAAAUAGUAAGUGUUAUAUUGCACGUCCGAAAUGGCACACUAUUCCCUAGCGCACUACUUUUGACCAUGGCCCUGGUUAAAAGCAGUGAACUAUAUAGAGAAUAGAGUGCCAUUUGGGUCACACCCAUGGUCAUGGUCUGUAGUAAGGACAUGGUCCAUCCACAGGUCCUGACAGACACUCACGUCCACAUGGCCACUGUGGACCUUCUGAUCGGGGGAACAGAGACCACAGCUGCCUGGCUCAGCUGGACCGUGGCCUUCCUACUGCACAGGCCUGAGGUACACUACAGAACUCUAUACACUACACUACACUAUACACUAAACUACACUACACUACAUAACUUUAUACACUACACGACAUAACUCUAUACACCACACCACUCUAUACAAUACACUACACUACACUACAGAACUCUAUACACUACACUACACUACACUACACUACACUACACUACACUACACUACAUAACUCUAUACACUACACAACUCUAUACACUACACUAAACUACACACUACAAUACAUUACAUAACUCUAUACACUACACUACAUAACUAUAUGCACUACACUACACUACAGUACAGUACUCUAUACACUACACUACAUAACUCUAUACACUACACUACAUACCUAUAUACACUACACUACCCUACAGAACUCUAUAGACUACACUACAGAACUCUAUACACUACACUACAGAACUCUAUACACUGCACUACACUAAACAAUUCUAGACACUGCACUACACUACAUAACUCUAUACACUACACUACACUGGAACAGCACUCUACACUACACUACAUAACUAUAUACACUACACUACAUAACUCUAUACACUACACUACAGAACUCUAUACACUACACUACAGAACUCUAUACACUAUACUACACUACACUACACUACAGAACUCUUUACACUACACUACUCUAUACACUACACUACACUCCACUACACUACAUUGCAUGCUCCAGUGUCCCCAGACCUUCGAUACAGUGCCUUGCAAAAGCAUUCAACCCUCUUGGCGUUUUUCCUAUUUUGUUGCAUUACAACAUGUCAUUUAAAUUGAUUUUUAUUUGGAUUUCAUGUAAUGGACAUACACAAAAUAGUCCAAAUUGGUGAAGUGAAAUGAAAAAUUACUUGUUAAAAAAAAUUAUACAAAAUAAAUAACGUAAAAGUGGUGCGUGCAUAUGUAUUCACCCCCUUUGCUAUGAAGCCCCUAAAUAAGAUCUGGUGCAACCAAUUACAUUCAGAAGUCACAUAAUUAGUUAAAUAAGUGUCACAUGAUCUGACAUGAUCUCAGUACAUAUACACCUGUUCUGAAAGGCCCCAGAGUCUGCAACACCACUAAGCAAGGGGCACCACCAAGCAAGCGGCACCAUGAAGACCAAGGAGCUCUCCAAACAGGUCAGGGACAAAGUUGUGGAGAAGUACAGAUCAGGGUUGGGUUAUAAAAAAAUAUCAGAAACUUUGAACAUCCCACUGAGCACCAUUAAAUCCAUUAUUAAAAAUUUUAAAGAAUAUGGCACCACAACAAACCUGCCAAGAGAGGGCCGCCCACCAAAACUCACGGACCAGGCAAGGAGGGCAUUAAUCAGAGGGUAACAAAGAGACCAAAGAUAACCCUGAAGGAGCUGCAAAGCUCUACAGCGGAGAUUGGAGUAUCUGUCCAUAGGACCACUUUAAACCGUACACUCCACAGAGCUGGGCUUUACGGAAGAGUGGCCAGAAAAAAGCCACUGCUUAAAGAAAAAAAUAAGCUAACACGUUUGGUGUUCGCCAAAAGGCAUGUGGGAGACUCCCCAAACAUAUGGAAGAAGGUACUCUGGUCAGAUGAGACUAAAAUUGAGCUUUUUGGACAUCAAGGAAAACGCUAAGUCUGGCACAAACCCAACACCUCUCAUCACCCCGAGAACACCAUCCCCACAGUGAAGCAUGGUGGUGGCAGCAUCAUGCUGUGGGGAUGUUUUUCAUCGGCAGGGACUGGGAAACUGGUCAGAAUUGAAGGAAUGAUGGAUGACGCUAAAACAGGGAAAUUCUUGAGGGAAACCUGUUUCAGUCUUCCAGAGAUUUGAGACUGGGACGGAGGUUCACCUUCCAGUAGGAAAAUGACCCUGAGCAUACUGCUAAAGCAACACUCAAUUGGUUUAAGGGGAAACAUUUCAAUGUCUUGGAAUGGCCUAGUCAAAGCCCAGACCUCAAUCCAAUUGAGAAUCUGUGGGAUGACUUAAAGAUUGCUGUACAGCAGCAGAACUCAUCCAACUUGAAGGAGCUGGAGCAGUAUUGCCUUGAAGAAUGGGCGAAAAUCCCAGUGGCUAGAUGUGCCAAGCUUAUAGAGACAUACCCCAAGAGACUUGCAGCUGUAAUUGCUGCAAAAGGUGAAUAGUUAUGCACGCUCAACUGUUCUGUUUUUUUGGUCUUAUUUCUUGUUUGUUUUACAAUAAAAUAUAUUUUGCAUCUUCAAAGUGGUAGGCAUGUUGUAUAAAUCAAAUGAUACAAAUCCACCAAAAAUCUAUUUUAAUUCCAGGUUGUAAGGCAACAAAAUAGUAAAAAUGCCAAGGGGGGUGAAUACUUUCGCAAGCGACUGUAUAUUGUUUAUAUAGUAUUCUAUAGAGAUGGAACUAGACUGAAACCCACAGAUGUGUUGUUGGCUUGUAUUCCAAAAUAUAGUCUGUAAGUCAAAACUUACAUCUGAGAUCACUGAUUAAACACAUGGUGAGAUGCCUCUCUCUCUCCCUCCAUCUCUCUUUCUUUCUCUCUCUCUCUCCUCCUCCCUAGGUGCAGUGCAGAGUGUAUGAUGAGUUGUGUACGGUGCUGGAUGUCCGCUACCCUCAGUACAGUGACAGACACAGGCUGCCAGAGCUCUGUGCUGUGAUCAGUGAGGUGCUCAGACUCAGACCUGUGGCUCCACUAGCUGUGCCUCACAGAGCCAUCAGAGACAGCAGGUGAAUGGAAGAUAUACCAGAGGAGGCUGGUAGGAUGGGCUAUAGGAGGACGGGCUCAUUGUAAUGGCUGGAAUGGAAUAAAUGGAACAGAGUCAAACGUGGUUUCCAUAUGUUUGAUGUGUUUGACUCUGUUCCAUUGAUUCCAUUCCAGCCAUUACAAUGAGCCCGUCCUCCUACAGCCCCUCCCACCAGCCUCCUCUGAGAUAGACUUACUGUAGGACUGUAUAUCAUUACUGUAUAACAUAACUGUAUAAGAAUACUGUAUAACAUAACUAUACAGUGGGGGGAAAAAGUAUUUAGUCAGCCACCAAUUGUGCAAGUUCUCCCACUUAAAAAGAUGAGAGAGGCCUGUAAUUUUCAUCACAGGUACACGUCAACUAUGACAGACAAAAUGAGAAAAAAAAUCCAGAAAAUCACAUUGUAGGAUUUUUUAUGAAUUUAUUUGCAAAUUAUGGUGGAAAAUAAGUAUUUGGUCACCUACAAACAAGCAAGAUUUCUGUCUCUCACAGACCUGUAACUUCUUCUUUAAGAGGCUCCUCUGUCCUCCACUCGUUACCUGUAUUAAUGGCACCUGUUUGAACUUGUUAUCAGUAUAAAAGACACCUGUCCACAACCUCAAACAGUCACACUCCAAACUCCACUAUGGCCAAGACCAAAGAGCUGUCAAAGGAUACCAGAAACAAAAUUGUAGACCUGCACCAGGCUGGGAAGACUAAAUCUGCAAUAGGUAAGCAGCUUGGUUUGAAGAAAUCAACUGUGGGAGCAAUUAUUAGGAAAUGGAAGACAUACAAGACCACUGAUAAUCUCCCUCGAUCUGGGGCUCCACGCAAGAUCUCACCCCGUGGGGUCAAAAUGAUCACAAGAAAGGUGAGCAAAAAUCCCAGAACCACACGGGGGGACCUAGUGAAUGACCUGCAGAGAGCUGGGACCAAAGUAACAAAGCCUACCAUCAGUAACACACUACGCCGCCAGGGACUCAAAUCCUGCAGUGCCAGACGUGUCCCCCUGCUUAAGCCAGUACAUGUCCAGGCCCGUCUGAAGUUUGCUAGAGUGCAUUUGGAUGAUCCAGAAGAGGAUUCGGAGAAUGUCAUAUGGUCAGAUGAAACCAAAAUAUAACUUUUUGGUAAAAACUCAACUCGUCGUGUUUGGAGGACAAAGAAUGCUGAGUUGCAUCCAAAGAACACCAUACCUACUGUGAAGCAUGGGGGUGGAAACAUCAUGCUUUGGGGCUGUUUUUCUGCAAAGGGACCAGGACGACUGAUCCGUGUAAAGGAAAGAAUGAAUGGGGCCAUGUAUCGUGAGAUUUUGAGUGAAAACCUCCUUCCAUCAGCAAGGGCAUUGUAGAUGAAACGUGGCUGGGUCUUUCAGCAUGACAAUGAUCCCAAACACACCGCCCGGGCAACGAAGGAGUGGCUUCGUAAGAAGCAUUUCAAAGUCCUGGAGUGGCCUAGCCAGUCUCCAGAUCUCAACCCCAUAGAAAAUCUUUGGAGGGAGUUGAAAGUCCGUGUUGCCCAGUGACAGCCCCAAAACAUCACUGCUCUAGAGGAGAUCUGCAUGGAGGAAUGGGCCAAAAUACCAGCAACAGUGUGAAAACCUUGUGAAGACUUACAGAAAACGUUUGACCUGUGUCAUUGCCAACAAAGGGUAUAUAACAAAGUAUUGAGAAACUUUUGUUAUUGACCAAAUACUUAUUUUCCACCAUAAUUUGCAAAUAAAUUCAUUUAAAAUUCCUACAAUGUGAUUUUCUGGAUUAUUUUUUCUCAUUUUGUCUGUCAUAGUUGACGUGUACCUAUGAUGAAAAUUACAGGCCUCUCUCAUCUUUUUAAGUGGGAGAACUUGCACAAUUGGUGGCUGACUAAAUACUUUUUUUCCCCCACUGUAUAUCGUUACUAUAUAUCAUUACUGUAUAUCAUUACUGUAUAACAUAACUGUAUAUCAUUACUGUAUAUCGUUACUAUAUAUCAUUACUGUAUAAGAUUACUGUAUAUCAUUACUGUAUAACAUUACUGUAUAUCAUUACUGUCACGUUCGUUGAAGGACGGGUCAGACCAAGGCGCAGCGUGAAAUGCGUACAUGUUUAUUUAAAUGAUAAACACACGACAAAACAACAAACCAACGAAACGGGAAGUCCUAAGGCUACACACAAAACAAGCCUACUCACGGAACAAGAUCCCACAACUAACUAGUGCCAACAGGCUGCCUAAGUAUGAUCCCCAAUCAGAGACAACGAGCGACAGCUGUCUCUGAUUGGGAAACACACCCGGCCAAACGCAGAACUACAACACCUAGACUGAAACAUAGAAAACACAACAUAGAACACCACACCCUGACUCAACAUAUAAGAGUCCCCUGAGUCAGGGCGUGACAGUACCCCCCCCCCCCCCCCCCCCCAAAGGUGCGGACUCCGACCGCACAACCUUUACAUAGCAGGGUAGGGACCGGGUGGGCAUUCCGCCUCAAUCUGGAAACCCACCGGGUGCAGUGGUCGGGGCUCUUCUCUCUCGCUCCCCGACCACCCCUUUAGCCCCCCCCCAACAUUUUCUUGAGGCUGCUUCUCGGGCUUCCUCCUCGGCCGGCUGGGAACACGCACCACUGGCUUGGUGCGGGGAGCAGGAACGGGCCGGGCCGGACUGGAAACACGCACCACUGGCUUGGGGCGGGGAGUAGGCACGGGCCGUACCAGACUGGGAACACGCACCACUGGCCUGGUGCGAGGAGCAGGAACGGGCCGGGCCGGACUGUGGAGGCGGACUGGAGGUCUGGAGCGGAGAGCUGGCACAACCCGUCCUGGCUGGCUGCCCACUUUCGCACGACACGUGCUGGGUGCUGGCAUAGAACGCACUGGGCUGUGCAUGCGCACUGGCGAUACAGUGCGUUUCUCCGCAUACCUGGGUUCCUCUAUUAACCCCCGCUCCUUAUAUUGCCUAACCAGCUCCUCUCCCCGUGCCUCGACUUCCUCCUUCUCCCUACGAGCCUCCUGCAGUACCUCCUCUUGAAUGGAUCUCUCCUGCUCUAUUCUAGCUAUCAGCCCCCGUAAUGUGGUGGCCUCCUCUCUUACCCUGCAGAUCCGAUCCUUCUCUCUCUCUUGGCACUCCUCCUCCAGUGAGGACUCCUCCGGGAGCCCCCACGAGUUAGGGAACAGACACUCAUCGUCGUCGUCAUCCUCCGACUCCUCAGUAUAAUACUGUUCCCACUCUUCUUCCCAUGGUCGUAGGGACUCAAUCUGGAAACCCACCGGGUGCAGUGGUCGGGGCUCUUCUCUCUCGCUCCCCGACCACCCCUUUAGCCCCCCCCCCAACAUUUUCUUGAGGCUGCUUCUCUGGCUUCCUCCUCGGCCGGCUUCUGUGUUGCCGUUGCUCCUCUCCUGCCUGGGCUUCCUUCUUCGCCCAGGGUCCUUUUCCCGCAAAUAUCUCCUCCCAAGACCAAAUCUUCCCCACCUGUGUCCAGGGUGUUCGGUCCUCCUGGGCACGCUGCUUGGUCCGUGUUUGGUGGGAUCUUCUGUCACCUUCGUUGAAGGACGGGUCAGACCAAGGCGCAGCGUGAAAUGCGUACAUGUUUAUUUAAAUGAUAAACACACGACAAAACAACAAACCAACGAAAUGUGAAGUCCUAAGGCUACACACAAAACUAGUCUACUCACGGAACAAGAUCCCACCACUAACUAGUGCCAAUAGGCUGCCUAAGUAUGAUCCCCAAUCAGAGACAACGAGCGACAGCUGUCUCUGAUUGGGAAACACACCCGGCCAAACGCAGAACUACAACACCUAGACUGAAACAUAGAAAACACAACAUAGAACACCACACCCAGACUCAACAUAUAAGUGUCCCCUGAGUCAGGGCGUGACAAUUACUGUAUAUCGUUACUAUAUAUCAUUACUGUAUAUCAUUACUGUAUAACAUAACUGUAUAAUAUUACUGUAUAUCAUUACUGUAUAACAUUACUGUAUAUCAUUACUGUAUAAGAUUACUCUACAGAGAACCUCAAUAGAUACACUGUGGGAAAGUAGACCAAUAUUUAACUUUCACCAUUCAACAUUUUCUAUGGGAGCUUAUGGUUUGAUGCUGUUACUCUGCUUUGUACAGUACAUGUUUGCCAACUUCCCUUCUGUGCCGUUUUUUUACCUAAAUGCAAUGCCUAAUCAUGCAGUACUAAUUCAUGCAUGUUUAUACACUGAGUGUACAAAACAUUAAGAACAUCUGCUCUUUCCAUGACAUAGACUGACCAGGUGAAUCCAGGUGAAAGCUAUGAUCCCUUAUUGAUGUCACUUGUUAAAUCCACUUCAAUCAGUGUAGAUGAAGGGGAGGAGACAAGUUAAAGAAGGAUUUUUAAGCCUUGAGACCAAUGGGUUCCAACGAUUGUGUAUGUGUGCCAUUCAGAAGGUGAAUGGGCAAGACAAAAGAUUUAAGUGCCUUUGAACGGGGUAUGGUAGUAGGUGCCAGGUGCACCGGUUUGUGUCAAGAACUGCAAUGCUGCUGGGUUUUUCACACUCAACAAUUUCCUAUGUGUAUCAAGAAUGGUCCACAACCCAAAGGACAUCCAGCUCAAUAUUAGGAAGGUGUUCCUAAUGUUUGGUAUACUCAGUGUACGUGCAAUGUGUAAUUAUGUGUCUAUUACAUAUGUGUUCAGUAUUGCAGGCUACUUCAUCACUAAGAACACUGUCAUCAUCCCCAAUCUGUUUGGGGCGCAUCACGACCCUGCAGUGUGGACGGAUCCCUACGCCUUCAAACCAGGUGCUGGGCUGUUGAGUGUAUUGGCUACGUCCCAAAUGGCACCCUAUUCCCUAUAUAGUGAACUACUUUUGAUCAGGGCCCAUAAGGCUCAGGUUAAAAGUAGUGCACUAUAUAGGGAUUAGGGUACCAUUUGGGAUGCUGACUAACAUUCCUUUCACUUGGCUCGGCAACAUAGUUCCAGCAGUAGUUAAAAGUAGACCCACUCUCUUUCAGAGCGGUUCCUGGAGGGCGGGGGGGCCUCGACGCGUGCUCUCCUGCCUUUCGGAGGGGGCGCUCGGCUGUGUCUGGGGGAGGCUGUGGCCAAAAUGGAAUUGUUUCUGUUCACUGCCUACUUGCUGCGUGAUUUCCAGUUCGUGCCUGCUGAAGGCCAGGCCUCUCUGCCAGACCUGACAGGAGUGGCCAGUGUGGUACUCAAAGCCAAGGCCUACACAGUCAUAGCACGGCCCAGACCUGGGCCUUGA